AUGUCGCUAAUUUCCUGCCCUCCGGAUGUUCUCCUCAUUAUUCUUGAGCUUAUUGUCCCUGUCUGGGAUCCGGAGCGUCAAGCCCCCCAAACGCCCAACUCCGACCGACGUAGGCUGGCUUGGCAACAUGGCUUCGAAGCUGAUGGAGAGACAAAAGAGCACAAGGAGGCCAAAAAAACAUUCCUGAGUUUGGCUUUGACCUGCAAAAAUAUAUCUGAAGCCGCCAUGAUGAUGCUGUAUCGCGAGAUUUGUCUCCCUACCGCCUCAUCCAUGGUUUAUUUGCUUCGCACGCUUCUGAGAACACCUCGUUUACGAUACUAUGUCAGAUCGCUUGCCUGCGCAAAGCAUAUGAAUCAAUUUGUUUACGAGGAAGAAUCAAGAGCGCUCAUGUUAUCUAUCGACUGGUACAUAUGCUCUAUGUGCCCAUUCGAGAGAUCGGUAUUUGGCUUGGCCAAAUGUGAAGCCUUCUGCUCGGGCACCCUACCUUAUCCUGAGGCUAACUUGGGCAACGAGUCCGGCGACGACGACCCAGAGGAUUACCCAGUCAAUUAUGAUCCGACCAUACCAACUCCGCCAUAUCUAGUUCCAGUUAUUGGUCCCUCGGUCUUGGCUUCGCUUCUCUGCCUUGUGCCGAAUGUCACAAGCUUCUGUUUCGCUCCACCAACUGGAGAUGAUACUGACGUCCACAAAAUAUUGAGAGACAGUCUUGAUAAAGCUCACGAAAUAUCAACUGUUGACGGCCAUCCACUGUUAGUAUUGCCAAGACUUUCCACGCUUGCCUUGUACUCUCAUGCUGCCACCUUAACUGCACAAUGGGAAUGCAUCUGGAUACCAUUCUGGGCUCGAUUUUCCAAAGCGGGUAUUCGAAAAUUGAAGACUCUGCAAGCAUAUAUGUCUUUUGAAGAAUUUAACGAGGGAACGGUGGAUGUCCUGUCCGAUGAAGAGACAGAGUACUUUCAAAACCAGGACCGCUACAUCUUGGAAGCCAAGUGGGAAGCCCUUGAAGAAUUCCAGGCAUUCUUGACAGGCACAUGGGGGAUGGAGUGGUUUGGAAUCUUCAAACUCUUUUCCCAGUUAAAAAGAGUGGAAUUAACGCCUACUAAGCGACCAAUGCUUCACCAGGAAGAGUUUGAUCCCGACUGGGGCACCUUGGAGAGUGGUCUCCUUCAGCUGAGGACGACUCUCGAGCAUUUCAGAAUCGGUGGCCUUUACACCGAGACGAUCGUGUCCGAGCUCGGACCCGACGGGAUCCUCACUUGUCUAUCUCAAUUCACAUGCCUUCGCCAUUUGGAUAUCGCUACUUUGGCGCUCUUUAAGAACCCAGAACAAAUGGCAACUUUUUCUAUUGCGGAAAGGGUGCCUCAGUCACUAGAUACUAUCAUAUUUCGGGAAGAGUGGUUGCAAACCGACGUAGAAGAUAUCGAGUCCGGCACAAGCGAUCAACAGCUCCAAUAUAGCCAUCUUGUUAUCGAAUGCCUGAAGAAGAUUGUCGAUGAUGAGAAUGGGCUACCGAAACUUCGACAUUUGGGCUUUCAAGAGCAGUUAAUGGCCUGGACUCUGGGGCUUACCGCCAAAAACCUGUCCUCUCUGACUGAAGGACGUGUUACGUUCAACGCAUACAACGAUAAGGGACUACCAAUUAACCUCGAAGAGCUUUCGUUUGCUCCCCAUAUCGAGGAGGAUGGAGCCAAUAUCCCGAUCGCAGGGCCAACCUCGUCUGAAAGGGUACUAACGAGUUAUUUUACCAAUCGAGAUUCAGAUGGUGAGACGUGGUCCCCCUAA